AUGGAUCCUGCUCAGCAAGACGGGGUCUCGGCGCGCACGGCGUGUCACCGGGACACGGCCAUCGGCCUCCUCAGACUCGUGCCCCAUCUUUCCUUCCUCCUGACUGGCGUUGGCGGCGUUGCCUUCCCCGAAAGGAAAGACCCCUGGGAGCGAGAGGACACCACCGAGGGAAGAGACGCUGGUCGUCCGCAGUUCCGUAAGGACCUGAGCUCACGGGAGCCCCGCGAGGCGCCCGGGGCGCUCCCGCCGGCGGCUCGCGCCGCCCCGGACGCCCGCCCCUCAGCCCGGGGUCCCGGCGCUGCGGGCCGCGGUGGCCACGCCAGCAGCUGGCACCAUCACCUGGUGCGGAGGAGCCUCGUGCUCUUCUCGGUCGGGGUCGUCCUUGCCCUCGUGCUCAACCUGCUGCAGAUCCAGAGGAACGUCACCCUCUUCCCCGAGGAGGUGAUCGCCACCAUCUUCUCCUCUGCCUGGUGGGUCCCCCCCUGCUGCGGGACAGCGGCCGCUAUUGUCGGCUUGCUGUACCCCUGUAUCGACAGUCACCUUGGAGAGCCCCACAAGUUUAAGAGAGAGUGGGCCAGUGUCAUGCGCUGCAUAGCAGUGUUUGUUGGCAUUAACCAUGCCAGUGCUAAAUUGGAUUUUGCCAAUAAUGUUCAGCUGUCCUUGACUUUAGCAGCCCUUUCUUUGGGCCUUUGGUGGACAUUUGAUCGUUCAAGAAGUGGCCUUGGGCUUGGGAUCACCAUAGCUUUUCUUGCUACUCUGAUCACUCAGUUUCUCGUGUAUAAUGGUGUCUAUCAAUAUACAUCCCCAGAUUUUCUCUAUAUUCGUUCUUGGCUCCCAUGUAUAUUUUUCUCAGGAGGUGUCACAGUGGGAAACAUAGGACGACAGUUAGCUAUGGGUGUUCCUGAAAAGCCACAUAGCGAUUGAGUCUUCAAAAAGCAAGAUUUGGGAAGAAAAUCUGUGAUAGUGGAUUGUGGCAAAGAUUAUCUUUUUCCUAAAUAAUCUAUUUAGAUUGGGCUAACUGUACAAAUGACUCCUGGGAAAAAUAUUCUCCUGGUCUAGAAUAGCGAAGUGGAGAAAUGACUACUUACCUUGAAGUCCUGCCUUGACUGAUGCCCUCACGCCUGUCUGCACCCUGGAACGUUCCUUCCCAGGCUGUGUGUGGGACUUCAGGCAGUUGGCAGUUUCCUAAGUGUUAGGUUUCAUUCAUGUUAUUAAAAACGAGUUGCCAUAUUUCAAAGCCUUGAACUAAACUUAAUCACCAACUCUCAGAUUUGUAUCAGUAGUGCCCAAAGGAGAUAGGUUGAUGGUGCUUAACAGAGAUGAAGUGCAGUGUAAUAGGAAUAAUAUUUAUCCAAAAGAUUUUUUUAAAAUAGGGUUGUGUAAAAAAGAGAAAGAAAAGAGGCAGCAGCAGGGAGGGUGAGGAGGCCACGCUCCCGUUACGCUGCCGUGGCCGGUCCCACGCGUGUGCACCACCAUUGACUGAGCUGUGCUUUCUCUCCCACCCGCGGGACCUCAUGCAGACAAUCUCACUGUGAGAGCAAGAGGCAGUGAAAAGCCACAGGUGUGCACUGUGACAGACUGGCGUCUUCACCUCAGCUCGUGAGGGUUUAUCCAAGAUCCGUAAUCAUCCGAGGGUGAAUGCCUGUCUGCUGCAUGUUUCAGUCUUAGUGAGCGAAAAGCGUUUGUUUCUCUGUUACUUCAGAAUAGAGAUGACUGCUUUUUCCACAGCCCUAUGGAAUCUGCAAUCUAUGAUUGCCUUGUAAAAAGAAGAGUGCAUAUGUCACUACAUUAAACAUGUGGUGUUUCUAAAUAUUCCAUGAUACUGGUGAGCACAAUGUAUUCAUUUAAUGGCAUAGACCAUGUUAGACCUGAUUUGCAAGUAUUGGGUCUUAAACUUCAAGUGCAAUGUAUAUGAAAACCAAUCUGAGCCUUGUAUUCUCCUAAAUAUUUAUUUUUCUUUUUUUUUUUUAAUGUAUAAGAUGUUCAAGAGAAGGGUUCUCCAUUCAUUUCAGUGCUGCACGGAGGCUAAACUCAGCAAUAAUUUCUUUUGAGUUGUGAAGUUACUUUAUUGUUAUACCAUAUACCCUCCACUGAACCCUAGUACUCUGAAUACUCCAGUUUUGUGGGUUUAGUAAUUUUAACUUACAAAUUUACCUUUUUAUAGUUUGCAUUUUAAGUGUUUUUGAUUUUUUUUUAAUUCUGUGAAAGUGGCUUGAUUAAAAGACUCCUUUUAAAUACAAGUCACCAGUCAGCAGAAUAGAAACUUGUACUAACUUGCCCGUGAGUGUUGAUGUGUGUAUUUGGUUUCAUUUAUGUGAUGAUCCUUGUUGGGUUUUUUUUGUUUGUUUUAUUUUAUUUUGAGGAAAAUAUCUUGGAGUAAAUUUUAGGUUACUGAAGCUAAUUUGUUUUAGAGGAAUUUUGUUUAAAAGAAAAUGGGAUCAUUCUGAACUUUGGAAUGAUCCCUUAUACAUUUUCUGAAAAUGAAAACAAAUGAUUAGUUAUGUGAAAAAACUUUUCAAUGAAGAUGUCAGUAUUUUAGGAAAAAAUUUGUUAGAUGAAAACAGUAGGUGAAUCUUUAAAAUAUACUUGAUCAUGCACAAACAAGUAUUUUUUUCUUCAACUGGAAGUAAUUCUAUAUCUGUUAAUAUAGCCAAAAAAAUGUGAAUCUGAAGAAUUUUUUUGCCAAUAGUUUAUAACAAAUAUAUGAACCAAAGUGAUUUGAGUUUGUAAAAAUGUAAAAUAGUAUGAACAAAAUUUGCACUAUACCAGAUUUGAACAUCUAGUGAGAUUCACAUUCAUACUAAGUUUUCAAUAUUGUGUUCUUUUUGCAUUCAUUUUUUACUUUUAUUAAAGGUUCAAAACCA